CCUGUACAGUCGCACAGUUGAGCUGAGCCUAUAUAAAAUUGCCAUCGGCAGAGGUUGGCUUCAGUCUCACAUUAUUAUCCAAGUCGAGUGUGUUGAAUAUUAUAUCAUCCAAGAUGGCAUCGUCGAGACAGUUGGUCCUCCUCAUCGUCGCCCUGGCCGUAGUCGCCGUCAGCGCAACGAACUUCAGAUCCGGUACCAGAGUAGCUGGUGACCGUCUGGCCUGCUCGGGCCGCGUCGACAUUCGUGGAGUGUACAACAAGAUCGUCACCGCCACGAGGAUCUGCGACCUAUCCGUUUACAGGAUGAACGUCACCCAGGUGCUCGCCUUCGACAGAGGUCUGUCCGGCAGGGGCGGCUAUGCUAGCAUCACCAAGGGAGGACCUGGCUACAACAACGUCAGCCUCUACUUCUGGAGCCAGAAGAGCCAGCCCCUCAACUUCACCAUCGAGGUCUACGGCAAGGCCAGAUAUUGAGAUCGUCAUACCUUACGACGACGCUAUGGAUACCUCAUUAUAGACUGUCACGUACACCUGUAAAUUGAGUCAUUUUGUAAAUGGUGUUUUUUGUAAUUGGCGUUCUAAUUGUAAUAAAUGACUGUUAUGAGAUUAUUGGCAAGUUAA